UCCGAUACUCGCUUAGAUUGUUCCAAGACUUUAGAGUUUAGACGUAGUGUAGGAAAAGUAUAUAAUAAAGUACAUAAGAAGUUCACAUCAUGAAGGUGGCUGUGAUACCGUGUUUGUUUGUGUUAGUGGGAUGUGUUUUUGCCAAACCUGAAGCAGGCAGCAUAGCCUCAGUCUGCAACGCAGAAGACGAGGAAUGCGUGAAGGAGUCCCUCAAGACCUUCCUCCGGACCACGUCCCAGGGCAUCCCGGCCUUCGACGUGCGACCGCUCGACCCCAACGUCAUCCCCCGCAUCAACUACACGCUGGGGGCCUUCGGAGUGGGGUACACGUUUAACAACCUCACGGUUACUGGCAUGAAGAACUUGAGGCUCGCUGAGUAUAACAUCGACAGAGCAGCCAAGACAUCUCUGAUCAAGACGGAGGCGACGCUGGACUACGUGUCGGACGUGGAGAUCGACUACCUGAAGCUCGGGAAGGUCUUCACCGGGAAGUACACUGGAGCUGGCAAGGCACUAGUGACAGUGAAGUACCCGUACGGCAUCACCACCGACGACAAGGGGGUCCGACACUUGACUUGCACGACGUGCAACAAGAGACGAUCGAACCCUCAAGUGGCGGAGAUCAGGAGCAAGCUCGAAGAAGCCAAGGACAAGGAAGCGGCGCUGAAGGCCGGGUUCUGUAGACUCGCCAAGACUGUCUUCACGACCUUCGUCCACAACAUCCGCGCGUCUGCCAAGGGACUGCCCAAGGAAGCCUUCUUCAAGAAUAUUUAGAUGAUUUAAUGUUAGGGGAUAAGUGUAAAAUGUGAUGAAAAAGAUUGUGGUAAACGUUACCGGCAAUAAAUUUUAUUUUUGGUAAGAUUGA